CCUCAACACAGAUCUGUUUGUCUGUAUUUGAGCCGGAAAUACACAGUUUCUGCCGUCUUGGCAGAAUAUUUGUGACUUACAAUGCUCUGAGGAACACCUGGCAUUGUGCUUGUGCAAAGCCACGAAUAUCUCAUAAAAACAUAGCUAAAUGGCAUUCCUUCCAGACACAGAGAGACAUCUUCAAAUCAAUCAAUAUCAUCAGGCACCCCAUCACAGAUGACUCAGGAGAGUUCUUCCUUUGAGGACAAUGCUGCCGUCGAAAGGAGUAUACGCUAUAUUUUUAAAGAGAAAAAAAAUUCCUGGAUUUCUUCCAGAAAAUGUCAUCUCACAGAAAAUGGAUCAUCAGAAACAGCUCUUUCCAUGUGAAACGUUGUGCCAGGUGUGCCCAGAGCACCCAAAACUUGAUGAGGCUGUUGUAAUUACCAAUAAAGCGAGGAUUGUCAGCAUGAUAGGAGUGAUUGAGAAUGUUUCAACACACCAUAGAUCGUGUCCUCAGUGCCACAUGGUCUACAGAUACCAGGAGUGGACAGAUGGGCUUCACAACUUUGACAACCACGUUGUUUUGUCUCUUGAACUCUGCCUUUUUUUGAGAGAAAAUCUGCAGAACCAUGUAUCCGCUUCAAGGGUCAUUGACUCAUUGGAGGGCUUAAGAAGAGUGAAGUUUCCUUCUAGGGAUACCAUUUUUCAUGCUUAUUGCCAUUUUGAGGCUUUGACUGACGCAGAAUACAUGUACUCCUGCAUAAACUGUGGGUUUCACCUCCCUGUGGUAGUUAUGGACUUACACAGAAAAGGGGUGUUCAAGUUAGCAGUGAGUGACCUCAAAGCCCCGGAAGACUUCAAUGGUGAACAUGACAUUGAAGGUUUUUGGCACUCUAUUCACCUGGAAAUGAUAAGCCGUGGGUUUUUUCCAAGCGGCGUGAAGAAUCCAUUUUCAGUUCCACCAAGUUACACGCACUGGGCACCAUGGAUCGGGAGUGAAACUCGAACAAGUGACAUUGUGCUUAACACAGAGUUUCAAAAAGUAGGAACAAGCUCUUCACAUGAAGCAAAGCUUAGCAGUGUCACAGAAGACCAUCUGUUGGAUGAACUCGCCAAACAAAAGGGGGUGACUUUCACCAAUUCGUUGCGUCACUGUGACAUCAUUGCCUCCAAAUAUGGCAUCGAAGCAUCCUUCCCUUGA